AUGCUCUCGCUCCUUGCUAGGCGUUUCUACUCAAAAAUGUCAACACAGGUGCUCAAGGUGGAUCCGCAGACGAUCUCAUUCAAAGACGGAGUCCUCAAGAUCACUGACCCAGAAACAGCAAAAAACCUUCGUUUUGCCUCAGAGCUUCUCAUCCACUCUCAUGAGGCGAUCGCGUUUCCCACAGAAACAGUGUAUGGUCUUGGAGGUUCGUGUUUGGUAGACGAAUCCGUCCAAGCCAUCUAUAAGGCCAAGAACAGACCAUCGGACAACCCAUUGAUUUCACAUGUUUCCUCGGUCCAGAUGAUCUAUGACAAAUUCUUUCCCGGCCAGAACUAUCAAAUUCCCGAGAUUUACCAGCCGCUUAUUGACAAAUUUUGGCCAGGUCCCUUGACCAUCCUUUUGCCUGUUCUGCCGGGAUGUCCCAUCUCCAAGUAUGUCACAGCAGACCAACCAACCUUCGCGGUGCGAAUGCCCGCUCACCCAGUUGCGCGUGCUCUUAUCGAAAUGAGCGAUGUUCCGCUGGCUGCGCCCAGUGCAAAUGCAUCUACGCGACCAAGUCCGACUUUGGCCUCGCAUGUGUACACGGAUUUGCAUGGCCGCAUACCAUUGAUUCUAGAUGGAGGAGUAUGUGACGUGGGUCUCGAGUCUACGGUGGUGGACGGUUUAACUUCGCCUCCAAUGUUGUUGAGGCCUGGAGGAGUUUCUCUGGAGCAAAUUCGUGCUGCUGGAGGAGACCAGUGGAAGGAUGUGGUGAUCGCUAAGAAGACGGCCGGUAAGUUGGAGCCAGUGAGGACCCCCGGAAUGAAAUAUCGUCAUUACUCGCCCACGGCUAAAGUUGUGCUGUUCAACAAUUGCGGUGAUGGAAUAGAAGCCACUGGAAAUUAUUUGCAAGAAUUGGAGGCCUCCACGCGCAUAGCGCUGCUGAGGUCGCGCAGAUUUGCUCCUCCAUCUGAUAAGAGAGUCACUGCCAUAGAGAACCUCGGCACCACGGGUGAUGAUAUCCAGCGCAACCUUUUUGCAUUGCUACGGAAGGCAGACGAAACAGGAGUGGAUUAUAUUUUUGUGGAAGGAAUUGACGAAUCAGACGAGGGUUUGGCUAUAAUGAACCGACUCAGCAAGGCCGCAUAUGCGACAGUGGAUGGUGAUACGACAUUGUGA